GCCAGCCUCCAGCAGCAGAAACGCCCUGCAUCCUCCACCAUCCAUCCACCGUCUCCUCCGCUCCUGCAGCCGCGGAGGAGCCGCUCUGACCGGGCAGGAACACUGACCGACCCCCCGCUCAGAGAAAUGGCCGUUUGACAGCCGAGAGAGACAUUUUACCCAGAAGAGACAUGGAUCCUUUGGCUUUCUCCUUCCUCCUUCUCGCUUCCCUGAGCUGCUUCCCCGCUUCUGCUGACAGGAGAUUCGGCUGCCUGUUCGACAACGAGCUGUGUUCACCGUACGAGAUCUGCGUUAACGAUGGAAUGUUUGGGAGGUGUCACUCUGUUCCAGUGAAGGAGGUUUACAGCUACGAUGUCUCUCCAUCUGUGGUGCAACGAUUCAGGAUGCUGCUGGAGAAGCUGUCCAACAGAGGUUUGACCUGGGAGGACGACGCCACCCAGCAGGUCCUGUCCAAGGAGCUAUCCAAGCUGAGGAGGAUUCCCUACAGGCCGCAGCAGAACUCGCCUGUCUACAACGCAGACAGCAGGCCGGCAGCCGAAGCGAUGGAUCCAGUAGACCAGAGGGUGAAGCCAGUGGAGGUGGAGCUCAGCAGGAACCUGCAGACGUAUCUCCAACGUCUCGGCCUCAUUCCGAAGACUGCCUCCAGCCUGAGCUCGCCUGGCAAGAGCGACCGCUACCAGUCGGGCAUCGCUUCAGAUUUCUAUCGCUCCAAGGCCCAGACCUCGGCUCAGAAGUCGCCUCCCUCCAGCUUCUCCUCCUUUUCAUCCCUCCAGCCUCUGCAGAAGCAGAGACCUCCAGCCGACCAGCUCCUGGCCAUGCGGGCCGAGGGCGACCUUCUCCUGGGCACCCUGAGGCGGUAUCUCUCUGGGCAUCUGUCUCCGCACGGCGGCGGGUCGAGUCCCGCUGAGGAGGAGACUCCCUCUUUCCGCCCAAGGCCCUUCUACGGCAACGGAAUAGAAAAUUCCGGCCUCAAAAAAGAGACUACAAAACCCCGGCUUCUGAAGAUGGGAAGAACUCAGGGGGCUUCGGUCAAGGACCCGCUCACAUCUGUGGACGAGAGGUUCAUCGAGAACGUUCUGAGGAACGUCGGCCGGCAGCACGUGGACGUGGACAACCUGACGCCGCAGGACUUGGACCAGCUGUCAAGCCUCAUAGCUGACGCCCUGCAGGUGGUGGACCAGGGCCGGGACCAGGACCAGGGCCGGGACCGGGGCCGGGACCAGGACCAGGGCCGGGACCAGGACCAGGGCCGGGACCGGGGCCGGGACCAGGGCCAGGGCCAGGGCCGGGACCGGGGCCGGGACCAGGGCCUGACUCGGGCUCGGGGACCCGGACCGAGGGACCUGGAGGAGGAACCGAGGGAGGAGGAGAAGCUGGAGAACGCUGCCACUGUGAAGCCGGUGGAGAGCACCGCUGAGGCGCUGGCAGCACUUCAAGAGCGCCACUCGGAUCCAGAAGAGCAGAAUGUGAAGGACAAGGCCGACAGCGGCAGCCUCUUCACCAAACUCCUCGCCUACCUUGACAAAACCCCGUUCACCGGCCCUCCACCGGCCAGAAACCGGUACGACAUCGCCGUGGAGACGCCCAGAGGCCAGCCGGUGGGCCUGGAGAACGUCCAGAGCCGGACCAGCGAGGCCGGCGUGACGGUGCAGAAGAAGGACGCCACCCAGUCCGUGGAGGAGGUGUCCGAGGUGGAGGGCUGGAUCAAGGAGGUGCCGCCUCCUCCGGCUUCGCUCGUCUACGAGGAGCCGCACAAGAAGACGAUGCACGUUCCCGAGCUCCAGCUGGACGUCAAAGCCGGCAGGAAGAAGGCCGACGAUGACGUUUUCGGCUACGUCAUCACCGACACAGAUGGGCUCCAGACAGAUGAAGGCCUCCACCUGAUGCAGAUUUUGGCUCGGAGGGCGAAAAUCCAGAUGACCGACUUUGCCGAGCUCUCGGUGGUGGGUCCGGCUGUGACCUUCAAAGUGAGCCCCAACACUCAGAACGUCAGCACCGCAGAUGUGGCCAACGUUGCUGUUCAGCAGAAAGCUGAUCUGGAGAAGGAGGCCAAGGUCAGCAUCCUGGAGGCCGGGGUCGCCGACGGAAGUCAAAUCAACCAGAUCCCCACCAAGUACAGCCAGGCGGAGUCGACCAAGUUCCUCGUCCUCACCGUGGUGUCCAUCCUGUGCAUCGUCGGCGUGCUGCUGGCCUCCACCGUGGUCUACUGCCUCCGCCACCGCUCCCACCACAAGCUCAAGGAAAAGCUCACCAACCUGGGAACGGAUACAAGCGGCGAUGCUACCGCCACCUACCAGGAGCUCUGCCGGCAGCGGAUGGCGGUCAAACCUCCAGCCGAGCGUCCGGAGCCCAUCUCCUCCAGGAUCAACAGCGUCUCGUCCCAGUUCAGCGACGGAGGUCCGGCCGUCAGCCCCUCGGCACGGAGCAGCAUCUCCUCCUGGAGCGAAGAGCCCGCCCACUCCAACAUGGACAUCUCCACCGGUCACAUGAUCCUGUCCUACAUGGAGGAUCACCUGAAGAACAAGGACCGUCUGGAGAAGGAGUGGGAGGCGCUGUGUGCCUACCAGGCCGAACCCAACGCCUGCACCGUCGGACUCAAGGACGGCAACGCCAAGAAGAACCGUUCAGCUGCUGUUGUGGCAUAUGAUCACUCCAGAAUCACCUUGAAGGUGGAGAACAGCCAAGGCAGCUCUGAUUACAUCAACGCCAGCCCCAUUAUGGAUCACGAUCCCAGGAAUCCGGCCUACAUCGCCACUCAGGGUCCGCUGCCGUCCACCGUGGCUGAUUUCUGGCAGAUGGUUUGGGAGAAUGGCUGCGUGGUCAUUGUCAUGCUGACGCCUCUGGUGGAGAACGGGGUGAAGCAGUGCUACCACUACUGGCCUGAUGAAGGAUCCAACCUGUACCACAUCUACGAGGUGAACCUGGUGUCCGAACACAUCUGGUGCGACGACUUCCUGGUUCGUAGCUUCUACCUGAAGAACAUGCAGACCAACGAGACUCGGACCGUCACUCAGUUCCACUUCCUGACUUGGCUGAACCAGAACGUCCCGGAGACCAGCCGGACGCUGCUCGACUUCCGCAGGAAAGUUAACAAGUGCUACCGGGGACGCUCGUGUCCUAUCAUAGUCCACUGCAGCGACGGAGCUGGAAGAAGUGGAACCUACAUCCUGGUCGACAUGGUCCUCAACAAGAUGGCUAAAGGUGCCAAGGAGAUUGAUAUUGCAGCGACUCUGGAGCACCUGCGGGACCAAAGGCCGGGGAUGGUGCAGACGAAGGAUCAGUUUGAGUUUGCGCUGACGGCCGUCGCCGAGGAGGUGAACGCCAUCCUGAAAGCUCUUCCCCAGUAGGAAGAAGCUCCGACUGGAGGAUCCUCACUGCUGUCGCCUCCCUUUGUUUCCUCCUUCAUUUAUCUCCCUUUUUGUGCUUCACUUCCACCUCAUUCUGUCUCGUUCUCCUCUUUCUGUCCUUUCAUUUAAUCCAAGUUUUCCGUCUUCAUUUGUCUGCCUCCUGUUUCGUCUCCUUUCUUUCCUUAUUUCCUCCCCUCCUUCCAUCUUAGUAAACAUUGUGCCAGGAAACCGUUGAACCAGUCCUCUACAUUGAUAGACCUUCCUUCUAUUGUAAUGAUCCAGUCAGCCUGUUUUCCCAAAGUUGCAUUUCACUGCUGUUAAACACAUUUUUUGAUAGAUUGCUAACAAAAAAAACAAACAAAAAAAAGGUUUCUCUAUGUUCUCUUCAGAGUAUAUUUAUCAUAUUUUCUGUUCCUACAUCAACGUUAGCAUUAGCCGGGUAUGGCAGCUUUUGGAAGCAUCUACUAUUGGUUUAGCAUGAUCCAAAUUAAAUCUUUGGAGCAUAUAUGAUAAAUAUAUGUAGGAGUUCCUGAAUGAUGUUGUGUUUGCCAAACCUGAGUGUUUUACCGAAUCGAUGCUCCCGGUUGGUCUUUGUGUGACGUUGGUCAUCAUGUCUAUAUCACAAAAAAUUCAUGUUCGUGUCCGAUAUUUAGUGCCAUGCUUUCUGAUCAGUAUGCUACAGUGUCACAGUGCAACUUGUCUGCAUCCGGAAAGGUCGAUAAGAGUGACUUCACUUCCUGGGGAGGUUUAUUUUUCUUUUGUGAAACUAAGUGGCGAGGCAGUAAAAUAUAAAACGCUCCUCGAUAUCCCACUUAAAUAAGAGAUUCUGUUACUGGAAAGGAGGUGAAACAACAUGGAUGUUGUUUUUAUUUUUGUUUUUAAGUGUUGUUUUUUCUUUUUUGUAUCAUCUUAGUAGAAGCAAUAUUGUGUUUCUUCAAUCUGAAUCGUUCUCUCUUGUGGACAACCAAUAUCGUGGCUUGUCGGUGAAGUUACACUCAUGUCUGCCUUAAUAAUAAAAAAAAAAUACAGUAGAUGGACGAACUGGUGAAAAGCCAGGUGGAAAUAGGGCUAGUGAGCAACGCUUCAUUUGAAAGUGGCUUUAUUCCAGUGGAUUAACCUGUGGAUUAAAGGUGAGCCGCCUUGCUUAAUGAAAAUCCGUCUGAUAAACACUGAAGAACGUUCUGCCUUUAAUGACCCGAGGACAGAAAGUUUCCUGAAAGUUUGUGAGAGUCUGGAAUGAAGCCAUUGUUGAAUAAAGUGUUUCUGACUAGUGUUUUUGUGAUAAAAGAGGAUAGUUUUGCUUCUGAAUAGUAGGUCUUCUAUGUAGCAUCAGUGUAUGAUUUGUACAUGUACAGUAGUUGAUCCUGUAUUGCAUCAAAAGACUAGUUUGCGGCAACAUUCAGCAGCUGGUUUUCCCAAAAGCAUCUUAAAAUUAACCAGAGUUUUCGUUCCGCUGUUGAUAAAAGAAGCACCAACACCAUUAAAAGUGAUUCUUUUGUAUGUUUUAGCCCAUUUGUUUUUGUUCCUUUUUAAUUUAAGAUUCACUCUGCACAAUUAAACACCUCCAAAGACUUAAUAUGUGCAAGAGUUGUGAUAACUGGUCAAAUGUGAACCCAGAGAUCGCUGCUUUUCCUGGUUUCCAAACACAAUAUCCAGCGUUUUAAGACAUGGUUUUACCCAUAAAUCAUUGUGUUUGUGGGCUGGGAGAAAUAAUAGCUCUCAUAAAACCCUGGGAUUGGUGGUAAAUUCCUAUUGGCUUGGAUUAUAACUUUCUGGCCAAAAAAACCUCUCUGACUUAAGGUUCGACUGAACAAAACCACUGAAACACUGAUUAUCCAAAGAUGACUUUGGAAAACCAGCUCACAUAACUGGGCUACUCUCAAAUAAUUGACCAUUUUAUCCGUUAAAUUCUAGUUUUGUUUCUAAAAUCGUAUUUAAAUCAGCAUUAUUACGGCUUGCAUACAAUAUGCUGCUAGUGCAUGACUAUUUAUUCAGCGAACCGGUGUGCUGUACUUUCUUGUUGCCUCGAGACGAUCUUAGCAAACCUCUUCAAGCCAACGACCGAAUGUUGGUCUCAUCUGUUGACGUCAUUUACUGCACGAGAAGCUCCAAGUACCUUAAAAAGUGCAAAAAAAAGCCAAGGAUUAUCACCUCCAAACUCUGCAAAUCGUGGUUUAAAGCGAACGGUGCAGGUGGUGCAGUGACAACGUGAUGUAACGCUGCAGGAAUCGACUCCAUUCCUCAUCAAGAAAUUUAAAACACGCUGCAAAGGAACGUCUCUUACAACGGCUCGUUUAAUGCUCAGUGAGAGCUCAUUUUUCUGCCUUUUUAAAGAUACUGUCAUGUAUGUUGUAAAAAUGUGGAAAAACAGCAAUGAAAGCAUUUAAAUUACCCAAUUCCACCUGUGAAUCGAAGCUAAAGUUGUUAUAAAAGGCGUUUUUUUUUUUUUUUUUUUUUUUUUUACAGUGAGGAUGCUCGAUUAUUUUCCCCGAUGCUGUUCUUGCUUUCAUACACUCCAUCAAGUAUCAAUAGAUGGCUGGUCUGUUGCAUUAACACUGUACAUAAACCCCAAAAAACACGACAGAAGAUAUUUUGUUCUAUUGGUGUAAACAACUUGUGAAUAAAGUGUCAUUGUUGAUGCAGUAUGGAAAUGCAA